GAAAGUAUAAUAAGGACGUACGGACAAUUUUUUUUUUGUUUUGCAUACAAUUCUAUUCCUUAUUGCGAAACGAUUAGUAUGGUUUUUAGAUAUAAAGUUGCUUGAAGUCGGUGGUUAUCGACAGAUUUUGUAACGUAUAUGUCAGGCAAUAGAAUACAAAAUAACAAAAUAAAGAGCCUUAAGUUUUAAAAUAAAAUACCAACAAACAACAAAUACUCUACUCAGGUCUACUUAACAUUCUUAAGCAUUGUUAAAAUAACUUCAUGUACAUUUUCAAGAAAGUUAUUAAGUAGCAGGGCUGGAGAAGCGACCGCUCGUUCAGGAUGUUACUCAAAUUGCUCUUGUUUCUCUUUGUUGGGACGGCUCUCGGCUAUGUAGAUAAACAAAGCCCACCUCAAUGGAGUAAUGUUUACACUGUGAAAGGCCUUCUGGUGAUUCCUUAUGCUGAAUUACAUGAACCAUUUUAUGCUUGGCACGAUGGUAAAAAUGGCAAAUCUCGUAUCGACUACUACGGCGGUAUGGUUAAGACAUAUCAAUUGUCAUCCUCUGUCUACCCGAAAUAUGGCACUUCUAUAAAGGUGGCUCCUGUGACAACAGAGAAAGAGUUGAACAAAGAAACAUGUCUUCAAGUGAAUGGUACAGAAGAUCAGAAUGUCAACAUUCAAUCAGUACUUCCUGAUAUGACGGACUUUAAGUUUGUUGGUACAGAGACAAUGCAAGACGCGGAUACAUCUAAAUGGCGUAUGGUACAAACUAUAGGUGACAAAGUGAACAAAUAUACAAUGUGGGUUAAAUAUAAGAAGAGCCUUCGUGGUGAUCCAUUGCCCAUUCCGGUUAGGUAUGAAAUGAAAGGUUUCAACUCUCUGUUAGGUUCCCACUACGACCAUUAUUACUUGGACUACAGGGAUUAUAAUGUUGAAGAUAUUGACCCCAAUGUCUUUGACGUUGAUCGUAAUAUGAAAUGCACUUCGUUCCCGGGACCCGGAUCUCGUCACUUCGCCACAUUCAACCCGAUGAAGGAAUUCGUGCAUCCCGUACACAACGCGCACGUUGACAGCGAGUUUGACAGGUUCAAGACGAAACACAACAAGAAGUACGCCAGUGAGAUAGAACACGUGAAACGUCUAAACAUAUUCAGACAAAAUCUCAGAUAUAUUCACUCGAACAAUCGUGCACGUCGUGGUUUCACAUUAGCUGUGAACCAUCUCGCAGAUUGGGCGGAGGAUGAACUCUCUGCAUUAAGAGGCAGGAGAUAUAGUGGACCUAAUCCAUUAGGUCUUCAGUUCCCGUACGGUGAGACGGAGCUGGAGGAGAUGAGUGUGAAGUUACCUCCGGAGUUUGACUGGAGAUUGUUUGGAGCUGUGACACCUGUUAAAGACCAGUCAGUGUGCGGGUCGUGCUGGUCCUUCGGUACUGUGGGUGCAGUAGAGGGAGCUCUGUUCCUGCACAAUGGUGGACAUCUCGUGAGGCUCUCGCAGCAGACCCUCAUCGACUGCUCAUGGGGUUACGGCAACAAUGGCUGCGAUGGAGGUGAAGACUUCCGCGCCUAUCAGUGGAUCAUGAAGCAUGGUCUGCCCACUGAAGAGGACUACGGAGAUUACUUAGGACAGGAUGGUUAUUGUCACGUUGAUAAUGUGACUUUAGUGACAUCAAUCAAAGGUUGGGUAAAUGUUACAACAAACAAUGAGAACGCACUACGUUUGGCGAUAUUUAAACAUGGACCAAUAUCAGUUGCUAUUGAUGCAUCCCACAAGAGUUUCAGUUUCUACUCUCAUGGUGUUUACUAUGAACCUAAAUGUAAAAAUAAGAUUGAUGAAUUAGACCACGCUGUCCUGGCGGUGGGUUAUGGUGUGUUGAAUGGUCAGAAAUAUUGGUUGGUCAAGAAUUCCUGGUCCAAUUUGUGGGGCAACGAUGGUUAUGUACUUAUGUCGUCUAGAGAUAACAACUGUGGUGUGGAAACUGCACCCACUUAUGUACUCAUUUAAGAUAAAUUCAACUCUAUCUUAUUGUAAUAAGGCUUAGAUUGCAAUGAUUGAUAGUCGAAGGUUUUUGAGACCAAAAACC